AUGGAUCUUCUCACUAAACAUGUGUUGGGUGGAAUAAAUGUGGUAGGAUCUUGCGAAGGGGAUUCUAUGGAUGAGCAAUGUUUCCAAGGGUGUGAGGAGGAAGCCAACUUUAUUAACAAUCAAGCGAGGGGUUCCCGUCCGAACGACCAAGGUCCUAAUCAAGGAUCUUGGCGGAAAGGUCAAGGGAAUCAAGGUUGGAACAAGGAUAGUGAAAAUCAAGGGUGGAACAAAGAUAGUGGGAAUUCUCAUUGGCGGGACAACAAUCAAAGUGGUUAUAACAACAAUCAAGGUGGUUACAACAACCACCGGAGCUCAAAUCCUUAUGUCCCACCAAAGGGGAACCAAAUUAUUUCAAGCCAACCAUCUACUAGUGACCCUGCUAGUCCUAAAAUGGAAGAUAUGCUAUCAAGAGUGUUGAAAAAGGUGGAGUCAACUAAUUCCUUUUGCAAAGAGAUAAGGGAUGAAAUGAAAAGCUUGGGGCUAAUUGUAGGGUUUCACUCAACUUCCAUCAAGCAAUUAGAAUCGCAACUUGGCCAAAUCUCGGCUACUCUCAACCAAAGACAAAAGGGCACACUCCCUAGUGAUACGGUUGCAAACCCAAAGAAUGAUGGUGAUCAUAAAUGCCAUGCAAUCACUACUAGGAGUGGCAAGACAAUUGGGGGAGAGACAUGGGUGAAGGAUAAUAGGGUGGCUAAUGAUGAGAAAAUUGUUGAAGAGCCUAUUGUUGAUAAGGAAGAAGUGACUCCAAAGAAGAAGCGGACUAGUAUUGAAAAGCCCAUUAUUAUUGAAAAAGUGAAAAUGAUGAAGUUUCAAAAGAAAGCGGAUGAUAGAAAGUUUCUCAAAUUUAUCGAGAGAUUGAAAGGGCUUUCAAUCAACAUUCCUUUGGUGGAAGCACUUGAACAAAUGCCCGGUUAUGCAAAAUUCAUAAAAGACCUUGUGACCAAGAGGAGACAUGCUAGUUUUGAAAUGGUGGGAGUUACACAUCAUUGUAGCUCUAUUGUGACAAAAGCCUUGGUUCAAAAGAAGAAAGAUCCAGGAGCUUUCACCAUUCCUUGCACUAUUGGAAUAUAUAAGUUUGUCGAAGCAUUAUGUGAUCUUGGAGCAAGCAUCAACUUGAUGCUGCUUGCUAUCUUUAACAAGUUGUGUUUAGGCACUCCCCAACCCACAAUAAUGAGGUUGCUAAUGGCAGAUAGAACGUUCAUUUUUCUGGCCAACUUUGUGAUUUUGGAUUGUGAAGUCGAGGUACCUAUAAUCUUGGGAAGACCUUUCUUAGCUACGGGGCGUGCUCUUGUAGAUGUGGAGAGGGGUAACCUAAAAUUUAGAAUGAAUGAGGAAGAGAUCACUUUCCAUAUCUGCAAGUCAAUGAAACAACCGGCGGAUAUGACUGUUGUGUCAGUUACUGAUACAAUUGAUAAAGCCAUAGAGAUAAUUGUUGAGCAUAAACAUGUGGGUGAUAUGUUGGCGGCGGUGAUAAUGAACAAUGAUGGGGAAAAUGAAGAAGAGUUCGGGGAGACGUUAAUGUAUUGA